CCUCCCUUCCUUCCCUCCUGCCGUCCGCUCCGCAGCAGCAGCAGGACAGAGGUAGUUCAGUUUUUGAAGCCGUGGCAUGAAUGAUCUCAUCUGAACCUGAUCUCCGCUUUCCCUGCCGUCGAUCCUAUGAGCGAGACGGGAAUAAAAUAACACAAACACGAGGAGUCUUGCCUCAGACUGGCCUAAAAUGGGCAGAAAUGGUGCUGAACAAAAGCUGCUUGUCGCUCGUACAAAAGUACUUGAAGCGUUGCAGCCGGGACCAAGCUGCAUUGCUAUUGCCUGUGCCUCUCAACAGGAAAGAGAGACAACAUGUUCCCGAAGGGCACCAAGCGCAAGUUCUCAGACUCCGGGGAGGAGCCGGUCUCCAGCAGCGACCAGGGCCAGGCGGCAUCAUCUGCGGCAGCGGCUCGGACGCUGUCGUCCUCUUACAGCCUGCAGCGGCAGUCGCUGCUUGACAUGUCGCUGAUCAAGCUGCAGCUCUGCCACAUGCUGGUGGAGCCCAACCUGUGCCGCUCGGUGCUUAUUGCUAACACGGUGCGGCAGAUCCAGGAGGAGAUGACCCAGGACGGCACCUGGCAGAUAAUGACCCAGGCCCUGGCAGCCGCCCAGUGUCCCGCCGACCGCCUGGUGGCCACCGAGGUGCUGUGCCGGCAGACGGACGCGGCGGCUCAGGCAGGGCAGAGCCCCAAACCCUUCUCAGUGGUUGGCCUGGAGGAAGGAUACCACUCCGAGGAGGUGGUGAUGGAGGGAGACGUGGAGACAGAGGUCACCAUGUCCACCUUGUCGCCCGUCUCCCCCCAGCUGUCCUCUGCCUCUUACCUGGCAGGACCCUUCGGCAUGGGGCCCUGCUGGGAGGAGGAGGAGGAAGACGCCGAGUGCGAGGAGGACGAAGAGGAGGACAGCGAGGAGUGUGUGUCGGAGGGAGAGGAAGGAGACCGGGACCACCUGAGCGCAGACUCCAGGACAGGGGAGCAGGUUUUUGGGACUUUUGAGAUCAAGCACCCGGCGCCGCCCCCUGACCCUGCGCUCGAGGAACUGUUUUCAGACGUGGACCCGUCCUACUAUGACCUCGAUACGGUGCUGACAGGCAUGCAGAGCGCCCCCAAGAUGGGGCCUUACGAUCUGCUGGAGAGCCUUUCCUCUCACGGGCCGACGGCCCUGAGCUCCAGCUCGAGCUGCAGGUCAGACCUGAACGAACUGGACCACAUCAUGGAGAUCAUAGUGGGAUCCUGAAACUCAGAACAUUCCUCUGGCCUGUACUGAUCCCACAGACUCUUUCCAGACUAUGCACAGUACACGUGCAUGUUCUGUAUGUGGUGUUGUUACACAUGGAGAUUGUUGGAGGUUUUGGGACAAGGUGGGAAAUUAACAGCGAGCCGAGUAGAUUUUUGGGAUCAGCUGUUAGGGAUGUAGUUAGUCUCCUCUAACAGCCACAGUUGGCAGCUGCAGUUGGGGCCUUCGUCUUUUAUUAAAAAAAUGUAAUUGGCAGUUCAAGUAUUGAGGGUGAAAUCAAUAAAUUUGGGGAUUCACAUGCCUUCCUGGCCUGUGGGGCGGAGCAGUUAGUUUCCUACUUUGCUGAUGAAAUCCAAAAACUCGACAAUAUCUGUGAGAAGGCGAAGAUAAUUACCUAUACCAUGAUGCAUUCUUAUUUACGUACUUUCCAUGUUUACGUCUGUCAUACAUUCUGUCAUACUAGCUCCUUCUGGUCGUACUCUUCUGCCAUUUUUGUCCAUUUCUAUUUAUUGUUACAUGGACUGAGGAACAAUUCAUCACACUACAUGCAUCAGAAAACCAGAACAAAUUGUAAAUCCAAAUCUAUGAAUCAAUGCAUAUUUUCCUAAAGAUUUGAGCAAUUAUGAAUGGAAUAUAUGUAUAUGUACGUAUGUGUAUAUAGAAAUAUAUUUUUUGCAUUAUACAGCUGGGGGAUUUUGCAAGUAUCAUUUGAUAUUAUUAUUAUUUUUUUCCCUCCCAGGCGAUUUUUAAAAUUUUAAUGUAGCCAGACUUGAGACAGUGUCUUCCCAUGGUUUGGUAUAACAAGUCGACUGUAACAGGUGUCAGGACUGGCAUCGUCACACUUUAUAGGCGCUGUUCUUUUCAUUUUCCUCUAAAGCUUUACGCGGGGCGGCGGGAAUUUUACUGCCAGCCACCAACCAAACGCUGGUUAAGAUUUGUCUGUUUCUGGUAAUUUUACAGUCGCCAGCGGACAAAUUUUAAAGUAAGUUUCCUGCCCUUCUUCUUUACAGAUCUAAUAACAAUAAUAAUAGCAGCUUUUUCCUGAAGCAUUUGGAGAAACCCCGGGGUGAUAACUGCAUCAAGAAGCCAUAUUUCUUUCUCUCACUUACUACAAGUGAAGAACUCUGUGUUAACCCAUCUAAUUUAUUGUUGUUUUAUUUAUUGUAUUUAUUAUAUCUAGGUACAGACAUGCCAUAUUGACUUCAUUGGCCCGAUGAAAUUAUAUUUAUCCAAAUUUUGCCCUCCCGUUUUGAAUGCAGUACCUAUUUAUUCCUCACAUUUUUUAUUAUUAUUAUCAUCAGUAAUAAUAAUAACCGGGUUACUAUUCAAAUCACUAUGCAGCUCUGUCAUACGUGUUUCAAAAAUGAUUGUAUACGACUCAAAUGUCCUUUAAUUCCUUUUAUGCAAACAGUUGCCUUUCUCCUAAAGAUGUGGAAAAUCAAAUGCAUUUUUCAAAAUUGUUCCUUAUCAUCGUGAUGAAGAGAUUAACUCAGGCAAACAAAAUGUAUUGACUAAAAAUACAGUAUUACGACACGCUUAAUACCUUACCGCAACACUCCUGAAGGAUGUCACUCUGGUCUGAAUGGGAGCUAGAACUUCAAAGACUAAUUACCGUUGUAAAAUGUAUGCAUUUUUUUAUAUUAAGGAAAAAAACAUUGUAGCAUCUUUGUAAAUAUUUUUUAUAAUAAAAGGUGCAACUAUU